UCAACGCGAUUUGUCUUAACUUGUCUCACUCCAUACACCAUCUAAGUCCUGAUGUCGACUUCUCAGUUUGAUUGCCUGUCAUGACAGAAACGCAGCCCAAUUUGGGCGAUAGUGGCAUCGAAGAUGCGAAUCCCGAACAUGCCACGGAUCAUGCCGAAACGCCCAGUUCCGAAAAUAACGUAGACGUGGCAGGAGACACAAAAGACGGAGGCGAAGAGAAAGAUAAUGAGGACGAAAACGGAGAUGAAGAGGAAGAGGAUGGGGAAGAAGAAGAUGGGGACGAGGACGACGAAGAAGAUGACGAGCCAAAACUGAAAUACGCCCGUCUAACACAGCACAUGGGCGGCGUUUAUAAGAAUGGCGACGCUACUAGUACUUUUCUCGUUGCGGGUGACAAGAUGAUAGUUGGGACGCAUAAUGGAAAUAUUCACGUUAUUCAACUGCCCGAUUUCCAAUCACUACUCGUCUAUCAAGCUCAUACCGCGUCCGUUACCAGCAUUUCCAUAUCCCCAUACCCGCCUCCGACUCUCCCAGCAACGCUCAAACCCGAAGCCCUUAAUAGAGUAGCAUCGCAAAGCGUCAACCGCCCGUCGUCGAAACAUUCAGACGCUGCUCAGGCCGGCCAACGAAAAUCCCGCGAGCUUCCCCAAGUUCCGAACCUACCUUCAAAUAAUAUCUUCAUCGCCUCCUCUUCUAUGGACGGAAACGUCCGUGUUCAGCCGUUAAUCGAGCUGAGGGAUGUACAGUUGAGAAAUUUUGCGCGCCCAGUGCAAGCAGUAGCUUUGUCACCAGAUUUCAGGAAUGAUAGGACGUAUCUAUCCGGUGGUCUUGCAGGCAGUCUAGUUCUUACCGUCGGAGCACCUCAAGGACGAAGCACCUCCACCACAGUAGGAACCGCAGCGGCUGCCGCGUCAGGUUGGCUUGGAAGCAUGGGGCUUGGGACCAAUACCGGCAAAGAUACGGUGCUUCAUUCUGGGGAAGGGACUAUUAGUACGAUAAAAUGGUCUCUCUCGGGGAGAUAUGUUGCGUGGUUAAAUGAGCACGGUAUAAAAAUCAUGCGAACCAAAUUACAUCUAGAAAGUGCCGAUGCCGAGGACGCUUGGAAGCGAGUAGGUCAUAUCGACAGGCCACAAACGGACGAGUGGGAAGAAAUGGCAGGCGUUUGGAAGGGAAGAGCAGAAUGGAUUGACGAUCAGGCGAUCGGGAGCGACGAGGUUGUCAAAGAAAGCGAAGCAUUAGGACAACUAUCACCCGCUGCCGCGAAAUUAAGCCAACAAGCACAAAAACACGAUAAAUCCAUCGAACGAUUGUUAGUCGGAUGGGGUGGCACAAUAUGGAUCAUCCACGUCCAUCCAGGAGGCGUUGGUGUAGGAAAGCAUGCAGGCGAAAGGUCUAUCGGAAGGGCCGAAAUUGUGAAAAUACUUCGUAUGGACUGCAUUAUAUCAGGCAUUUCGUUAUAUACCCAAUCUCUGCUUCUUGUUCUUGCUUAUUGUAAACCUGACGAAGAGGAGGAAGAGAGCGAGCAGGUUCAGAUCGCCGAAAGACAUAGACGAUCAAGCAGUGGUGAACCAUCUGGUGGAAUUAGACGCCGUCAUAACGCAUUACCCCCUGAGUUGAGACUUAUAGAUCUCACAUCACAAGCCGAGGUCGACAAGGAUAGUCUCACAGUUAGUCGAUUUGAACGACUAUCUUCAAAUGAUUAUCAUCUGGGUGUGUUACCGGCCAGCAAGGCAGCAUCUGUCGUCGCCUCACGGGGCGCUCUAGAAGCUUUGGCAGGGUUCGGUACAGAUAUGUGGAAUGCCGCCGUCAAUCCAAGGUCCCUGUUUAGCUCUGGUGCUAGCAUAAGAAGCAGAGAUAGCAACGAGAUCGCAUCAAGUCCUAGAGCAGGCCCUUCUAGUGCGAACAUUCGAUCCGGUCUCAGACCAGCAUCUCGGACAGUACAUCCCAAUCUCAUCAAACCAGGGGCAAAGAUAUUCAUUCACAGUCCGUAUGAUUGUAUUUUGGGAACCAAGAGAGAUCUGGGCGACCACCUCGAAUGGCUUCUCGAACAUCAAAAAUACCAAGAUGCUUGGGAAUUAUUAGACGAACACCCAGAGAUUAUGAAUGCGUCCUCCGACAGACUAUCCGAGACAUUUCCAUCUAGUCCCGGCCAAAGACCAUCAACCAGAGAUGACUUUUAUGAAGACAUUUCGUCUAUAGUGGAUGACCAUCUCAGAUUUAUGAACUCAUCUUCAGAGAAAGAGAAGCGACGAAUUGGUGAACUAUGGGUCCAGGAGCUGGUUGACGAGGGCAAUUGGACUCGCGCUGCUGAGAUUACAGCAAAGGUAGUAAAUACGCCUCACCAAUGGGAGAAUUGGAUCUACACCUUUGCCGGGCAGAAGAAAUUUGAUGAGAUUGUCGAUUAUAUACCGUCGGAACCGAUGCAUCCGCCAAUUCGGGGAACUGUCUACGAAAUUGUGCUAGGUCACUACAUUCAAACGAACAAACUCCGAUUCAAAGAGUUACUUGAUCGCUGGAGCACGGAACUUUUCGACGUGAACGAGGUUACCACUACCCUAGAAAACCAGCUUAAGUUCCGCGAUGUAAGAGAAGACAGCAUCGAAGAUGGUGAAAAGGGGCGUGAUUGGCGAAUCGUUAUGGAGAGCUUGGCUAGACUUCACGAGGUGAACGGACGAUACCGAGACGCCCUAAAAUGCUACAUAAAGCUGCAGGAUGCGGACUCGGUAAUGCGUUUGAUAAGGGACAACCAUCUUGCCGAUGCUGUUAUCGAUGACGUUCCAAGCUUCAUUGCGCUUAGGGUUCCCGAGGCAGAAUUAAACCGAAUGAGCAUCCCGGAACUAGAAGAAGCUACCUCCGAAGCCAUCACGUUACUCGUAGAUGAGGCAAACCGAGGCCUAAUUAAACCCGAUGUUGUCGUCAGUCAAUUGGAAGAAAAAGAGUUAAAGCUUUAUCUUUAUUUCUACUUCCGCGGUCUAUGGCAAGAAUACCGGGAACGUGCUAUCGAUGAUAGCGUAUCUCUAGUCGACAAUUUUGCCGACUUGGCUGUUCAUAUUUUCGCGAAAUUCGACCGCGAACUUCUUAUGGACUUUUUGAAAGUCUCUACAUCUUACACAUUCGAAGAAGCUGUUCAAGAAUGUGAACAAGUUAAUUUUAUCCCCGAACUCGUGUAUCUAUACUCCAAGACUGGUCGGAUGAAGCAGGCAUUAUACCUAAUUAUUGACCGCUUAGGAGAUGUUUCGCAAGCUAUUAGUUUCGCAAAGGAACAAGAUGAUCCAGACUUAUGGGAAGAUCUACUCGAUUAUAGUAUGGAUAAGCCACGCUUCAUUCGUGCAUUGCUUGAGGAAGUAGGCACAUCCAUCAACCCGAUCACUUUAGUCCGACGCAUUCCGGAGGGUCUUGAAAUUCCGGGCCUCCGCGAAGGUUUGAAACAUAUUAUGAAGGAACACGAGAUCCAAUACAGUAUAUCGUCCGGCGUAGCACGAGUUUUAAGGUCCGAAGUCGCAGCCGCCCAAAAUCAACUCCGAAGUGGACAGAAGAAAGGCAUUAAAUUUGAGGUGCUCCUACAGCUACAAGACAAUAGCGAUGUCGAAGCCAAGGAAGUUUCAGCUCUGGCGGCUACAGCGAAAACAUCUUCGCCAGCCGCGACGCCACAUACAAACGGAACUGGAACGGCAACGCCUAGCGAAACGGUAGACACCAACACAAUAACGGAGGCUAAUCCUACGGGUAAGCAACAGCCACUGGUACAUGACCACCGAGAGCUGAAGCCGGGCCAUUGCGCAAGGUGUCACGAACCAUUCACAGAGUGGGAAACUGAAACAUUAGUGGGGUUCGCAUGCGGCCAUGUGUUCCACAUUACUCAUCUAUUAGAAUACCUACACCCAGGCCAGGAUACAGACCCAAGUGUAAUAGGAAACGGGGACGAAGAUCGAUCAAGAGGAGGUCGGUUUGUAGGUAGUAAAGUUACACACGCGCGAUUAUUAAGAGACCGUAUCGAAGGCGGGUGUCCAGUUUGCAGAGGCAAGAGGGAGGUUGUUGAAGGUGGUGAUUAUCCGGGUAUCUAGUAUCAGCUACCUUUUGUUCUAUUCUAGCUGAGGAUGCAUAGUUUGGAGUUUGGAGCAUAUACAACACACCAUUAUGUCGUGUUCUAUUCGAAUUAAUCGAAG